AGGGAGCGUGGCCGCCGUGUGGGGAAGGACACCGGGACUGGUUCCACCCCAGCCCUGGGCGAGUUGCUCCUGGUGUUCCUGUGAAAUAGCUUGACCAGGAGAACUGGUGGGGCUUUUGCAGGGUGUUUUUACUACUGGCAGCGUUAGUGAGUUGAGUUUCCUUAGGUCGGUGGGAAAUGGCGAGCAGCAAUGGCUGUUUUGAGGGUGCGGCAAUGUUCGCCUUCGACCCCGCGCCUGAGAAGAUUUUGCCCCCCGAGGUUUUCAGACAGCCAAUUUCAAAGGAUCUCUCCGAGGCUGUGACUGCAAGGCUGAAUCCUCCACCUUGUGUGACGUGCAGUGAACCAGGGGUGGUGAAAAAUCCAGGAGCUGACACCACCACAUUUUCAGCCUUUCCCUCACAGAGAGACCUGGAUUUGAUUGAAAGAUACAAACAGGGAGUAAUAAACUCAGUAUCUGCCUUGCACCUCUUUGCCAAAACACACCAGCUGCAGCUUGAAUUGAAAGAAACGAGCGUGGCAGGCGAUGUCAUAAGGCCUUAUUUUGCCUUUUGUGCUGUGAUAAAUGGUGUUUGCUACAAGACUGGGCUGGGAAAGAACAAGAAGGAAUCUAAAUUAAAUGCAGCUAAACUGGCUCUUGCUGAGCUGCUUAACCUGGAGAAUACAGGGGCAAAGUCUUUUGAAGAUUCAGCUUUUCCCUGUGUUCCUGCUGAGCCCCGACCUCCAGGAAACUCUGCUUGUGUUUCAAGGACUGGAGAACAUAUCUAUCAAAAACUCUCACAAAUGCUUGAGGAAGUGUUUAACCGCCUGACUACCCAACACCCCGAGUACCAAAGCUGUGGCAGCUCCCUGGCUGCCUUCAUCAUUGAAAAGGGUGGGCAGCAGGAAGUGGUGGCUCUGGGGACAGGAGAAUGCAACUACAGCCGGCGCUUGGAGUCCUGCGGGAGGCUCUUGCACGACAGCCAUGCCAUUGUCACUGCCAGGCGUUCCCUGCUCAGAUACUUGUACAGGCAUCUUUUGCUGUUCUAUAACAAAAAUCCAGCCAAGGCAGAGAGAUCCAUAUUCUGCACAGCCCCAGGCUCAAAGCUGCUCACCUUAAAGCAAAAUAUAACUCUCUCUCUCUACAUGAACCAGCUUCCAAAAGGAACUGCUCAGUUAAAAUCUGAGGUGCACCUUGGUCCUCAGUCUAUAUCCGCUUACGAAGCCAGCGAAGAACUGAGUCUGCACGUUGCUCUAGAAGGCAGGAUUUACCUGGCUGUUUGCUGUCCCCCCAAGACUGUCAGAGUGAGCAGCAUGUCGGCUGGUGACAAACUGACCAAGUGGGAGGUGGUUGGUCUUCAGGGAGCCUUGCUGAGCCACUUCAUCGAGCCUGUGUACAUCAGCAACAUUCUCGUGGGAAAUGGAAGUUGUAAGGAUACAAAAGGACUGGACAUAACCAUAAAGCAGCGUCUGGAUGAUGAACUUAUUUCAAAGCUUCCUGUGCAUUACCUGGUCAAUAGAUCUCAUAUUUACUUGGUGAAAGCUGCAUUGCCAAUCCAAACAGAUUUGAACCAGUGGUCGCUUAGUUUGAAUUGGACAUUGUCAGAUGCAUCUCUGGAGGUCGUGGAUGGAUUAAGUGGGAAAACCACUGAAAGCUCCCCGUUCCGCAGCGGCACCUGCCUGGCCAGCCGCCUGUGCAAGGCCGCCAUGUUCAGCCGCUUCAGGAUGCUCGCCAGGGAAGCAGGACGGGCUGACCUGCUCCAGUUUGCAACAUACCACGAGGCAAAGGUUAAAUCUCAGUUGUACCAAGAAGCUAAAAGCUUGCUGCAGAGCUACUUGGAGCAACACAGUUACGGAUCCUGGAUUGUGAAGUCUUCGCAUAUUGAACAGUUCAGUGAUUGAUGGAGGUGGAUUAAACGUCAAGUCAGUUUGAAUGAUCUGUUUCAGUAAAUAGAAUUCUGAGUAGUAAAAUGUUCAACUUUUUAAGUUUGUAGUUACAGGAAGAAAACAAUUCCAGAAUUGCUUCUUGUCAGUUUAAAUGCAGUUUUUAAACCACCUGUAAUAGUUCAAUCUUUUCACAAAAAUUUAUGUUUUCUCAUACUUGGGAGUGUCCAACAGCUUUGUUCUGCUUUGCCCCCCAGUGCCCUCUCAUUUCAGCUCACUGGCCUGACUCCUACAAAUCCCCACCCUGUGGAAUUAACAUGUGUCUUUCCUGAUGGUUUCAGGAUUUCUAUAUAUUGACUUCUUCUUUUUCCUCCCUUUCUCAUAACUUUAGAAAAGAAAAAAAAAAAAACCCAGUAAAAGCUGGAUUUCUUUAAAAAACCACAUACUGUCCUGAGCGUCUUUCAGGGAGAAGAAAGAAAUGGACAGUCUGUGCUGUAAUUAUAGGCAUUCCUCCUUUGCUGAGAGUUUUGUUUAGUGUGAAUCUGCCAAGUGGCUUAUUAUUUAUGUUGUUUGUGCUGGAAGAGUUAAAUAAUAAUUUUUGUAUUUCCAAAUGUGAAACCUGGAAUGGCCAGCUGCUAUUCAACUUUUUUAUGACGAUUACUGGUUCUGGUAGUACCUUUAAAGCAUUAUGCAGGUGUUAAAGCUGUAAUUCAGAAAAUAAUGCAAUGUAGUACAGAAGUCUCCAGAAACAAGGUUUUUUCAGCUUCUGUGGUUUGCCUCAAACCCCAUCAGUGUUAAUGCUUGUGGAUGAGUUGGACUCCUGCACUGAAGAUGACUUCAUCACUGCACUGACAAGUCCUAGUGGAAUCAUCUGCGUACACAGUAACCUGGAAAAUAGUGCCUGUCCCAAGGGAAUUUACUUAAUUUUAAGUCCUGGUAAGAAGAACAUGGUAGCAUUGGGAAGGUGUUGUGAAGUGCCAUGUUUGGAGUUGGCGUGGUCUUGUGAACAGUGGUGUGUUUGAGCUAGACACUACACCUGGAUUAUGUUUGUGAUUCCUGUAAAUCAUGCAAGUGGGGAGUUACACAGUGUUCUCAUACACCGGGGAUAGUGAGGGUAGUGCUGUAGUCAUGUUUCACCUUCUUAGUGUUAGAGGAUUCUUCAAAGAACUUUCUCCUCCUGGUGUUUGUUUUUUUCCUUAAUCUGUUCUUCCAGCUAAUAUGUAGAAUCUUGUGUGGGGGUGAUCUUAUGGUGAUUUACAAGUUGUUGAAACUUGUUGACCUGUUAAUGCUUAGUCCUUUGACUUUUUUUGCACUCUCUUGUUUUCUGUUACUGUCCCUUAAGUUUUUGGGAUUGUGUGAUGGUUUUUGGUUAAUUGUGGCACAUGUUCCACAGACUGCUUGUUCCCUGUAAUGUUUUCUAAGAAUGCUUGGGAAUGGCCAUCAUAUUGUGGGCUAGAACACCGUGUUGCCUUUUUGAAAGGGGUGUUAAAAGUUCAAUAAAUGUCCUUGACAAUGCA